AUGCUUGUCCCAAUAUUUACCUUGAAAUUAAAUCACAAAAUCAAUCCUCGAAUGGUGGCAGUGGGAAAAUAUGAUGGCGUUCACCCAUGUCUGACUGCAGCUACACAGGCUGGAAAGGUUUUCAUACAUAACCCUCAUGCCAGGAAUCAGCGGGCUUCCUCAAAUCGCUUAGUUCAGAGCAUUCAGGACACAGAUAUUUCUCUACUAAACAUCAACCAGAGUGUCAGCUGCUUGACUGCUGGAUUGCUGGACCCUCAUCAAAGCUGUGAUUCCCUUAUAGUGGGAACCCAAACCAAUCUCCUGGCCUAUGAUGUCCACAACAACUCUGACCUGUUCUACAAAGAGAUUGCAGAUGGAGCUAAUGCAGUAGUGCUAGGAAGUCUGGGAGACGUCAGUUGUCCCCUUGCCAUCAUUGGUGGAAACUGUGCCUUGCAAGGAUUCGACUGCAAAGGAAAUGACAUGUUUUGGACUGUUACAGGCGAUAAUGUACGCUCAUUAGCAUUGUGUGAUUUUGAUGGCGAUGGAAAGAAAGAGCUUCUUGUUGGAUCUGAAGACUUUGAUAUAAGAGUCUUUAAAGAAGAUGAGAUUGUUGCUGAGAUGACAGAGACAGAGACAAUCACAGCAAUGUGCCCCAUGUACGCCAGCCGAUUUGGGUAUGCUCUUUCCAAUGGUACCGUGGGAGUGUAUGACCGCAUGUCGCGAUAUUGGAGGAUAAAGUCUAAAAACCUUGCAAUGAGUAUACAUGCCUUUGACCUAAAUUCUGAUGGUGUCUGUGAGCUGAUUACAGGAUGGUCCAAUGGGAAGGUUGAUGCUCGCAGUGAUCGCACAGGUGAGGUGAUCUUUAAAGAUAACUUUUCCUCAUCUAUAGCGGGAGUGGUGGAAGGUGAUUACCGCAUGGAUGGGAAGACGCAGCUUAUUUGUUGCUCUAUAGAUGGGGAAGUCAGGGGCUAUCUUCCCUCUAGCCAAGAAACCGCCGGGAGUCUUAUGGAUACGAGUGCAGAACAGGAGCUUGUCAGAGAACUCAGUCAGAAGAAGCAGAACCUGCUAUUAGAACUGAAGAAUUACCAAGAAAAUUCAAAGGCAGAUUCAAGGGCACAAUCAAGUGAGCCUGAUGGCCAAAUGGGAGUGAUUCCAGCAAACACACAGCUGCAGACUGCCCUGUCUGUCACUCUGGGAUCAGAGACUCAGGCUGCCCAUGUGGAGCUGAACAUAUCAACAUCUAAUGAUACGAUUAUCCGUGCAGUACUCAUCUUUGCUGAAGGUAUAUUUGAAGGUGAAAGCCAUGUUGUGCAUCCCAGUGUCCAGAAUCUCACCGGCCGCAUUCGGGUCCCUAUCUGCCCUCCUAAAGAUGUGCCUGUGGAUCUGCACAUUAAGGCAUUUGUUGGUUACAAAAGCAGUGUACAGUUCCACGUGUUUGAACUAACCAGGCAGCUUCCUCGGUUUUCAAUGUAUGUGCUCAGUAGCCCCGCCUCUUCACCAGAGCCAUCUAGUCAUGUGACCUUCAGCAUCAAUGAACGGUUGCAGAGGGUUGUCCUGUGGUUGAACCAGAACUUUCUGUUACCAGAAGACACAGAAGUACAAAGUGCUCCAUUUCAGAUCUGCUUUACAUCACUGCGAGAUGGGGGGACUCUUCUCAUAAACAUGAAACCGAACGGAGAGAUCACACUAUGUACAGAUGACAUGGAUCUAGCUGGUGACAUUAUUCAGUCACUGGCAACAUUUCUGGCCAUUGAAGACCUGCCUGUGGAAGCAGAUUUUCCCAAAUACUUCAGUCAGCUCCGAAAAGUGCUUGUGCAGGUAGAUGAAUCCCAUUCAGUACACCAGAAGCUGACUGCAGACAUGGCUGAUCAGUCUAACCUGAUACGCAGCAUGUUGGUACAAGCCGAGGAUGCCCGCCUCAUGAGGGACAUGAAGAAUAUGAAAAAUCGUUAUACAGAACUCUAUGACCUCAACAGAGACCUUGUAAAUCGCUACAAGAUCCGCUGCAACAAUCAUACAGAAUUGCUGAACAAUCUCAAGUGUGUAAAUCAAGCAAUACAGAGAGCAGGACGUUUACGAGUUGGUAAACCGAAGGCCCAGGUGAUCACAGCAUGCAGGGAUGCAAUCCGCACCAACAACAUUAAUGCCUUGUUCAGGAUAAUGCGUGUAGGAGCUACUCCCUCCUAG